AUGUCGAAUUGUGAAAUUGAAAACAUGACCGAUUCGGACUUGCGAGCAGCCUGCAAGGAAGCCGGUUUCAAAUGCGCUCCCAUUUCCGAUUUUACAAGAAAAUACUACAAAAAGAAGCUGAUGGAGCUUCAAAAAGAGCCGAAGAAUCAACGAAAAACCGAAAUUGAAAAAAUCGAAAAAGAAAAUUUCUCAAAAGACGAAAUAGAAAAGCUCUCAAAUGCCGAUUUCAACGCGUUGCUCGACAAAUACAAAAUUAAGAAGGUCCCACUGACUGGCUCAUCAAAGAAAAUGCUGGCGAAGAAAAUUUACCUGCGAAUGAACAACCUAGAAGAGAUGGAAUGGGAAACCGACCUGCAUGAAAUUGACGAAUAA